CAUGUUUACUUCAGAAUAAUCGAAAAAUAUUGUAUUCUCCUAACAUAAGUUCAGUAUAUCCCAUCACAGAUGAAGUACAUACUAGUUCGGAAAACCGAAGAAUAAAUAAAUAAGCUACACACGUUCUUUCAGCUUCAUAUUUCAUGAAGUGUGUUAUUUUAACAUUACGAAAAUGAGCGGGCAGAGCGAUCAAGUCAGUAAAGCUGCAGACGACCCCAUCACAGACGUGCGGUACAACUUCUGCAAGGACUGGGUUGAGAAGCAGAACAGCGAGGAGCCGAAAAAGUUGUCGCAGCAAAAUAAGAAUGAUAUUCAGUUUAUUAUCCAGAACAAUGCCGUUAGGAAGAAGUUUCUGCUGUCCGCCGCUGAGGAUGACGCGACCGUGCCGAACGGCGUAGGGGAACCUUCAGUGGAGCCUAAGGCUGUGGAAUUACAAAAACUGCGAAGCAAAGAUGUGCGCAUGGAAUGUGGAUGGUUGUCAUGCAAUCUUGUCACUGAGGACUACCGAGAGUUCCAGGACCAUUGCCGAAACCACAUUUCAGACUUGCAACUUACUGAGGAGGAUGGUAAAAUAACCUACUCCUGCCUAUGGGACUCCUGCAAGCACAGCAACUCCGACUUCGACGAGCUGUGCCGCCACAUGAACUACCACGCCUACCACGGCCGCCUGCUUGGCAUCGGCUUCAACGCCCAAGCCACGCUCAAGCUGACCUGCUGCAAGAAGGAUUCCAGCUUGAGAAACAAGCUGCCGCUGUUGAAGGAGGAUUUUUGCUGUCUGUGGGUCGGGUGUGGGGACAAGUUUAAGUCUAUGCAGGCAUUCCUGAACCACGUGUCGCUGCACACACAUUACUCGGCGCGCCACACGUGCUCGUGGGCGGGCUGCGGCGCCUCCUUCCCGCGCGCCGCGGUGCUCGCCACGCACGUCCGCUCACACACAGGCGAGCGCCUGAUAGCCUGCUACCACUGCGGGCGGCAUUUCGCGACCAACAGGAAAAUUGUGGACCACCGCACGAGGCAGAACGUCCACCCCUCAAGCGAGUACACAUGCAACGUGUGCAGCUUCUCGUACGCCACGGAGUACCUGCUGCGCCAGCACGCGCGGCAGCACGUGUCGCAGCACGCGUGCACGCUGUGCGACAUGUCGGCGCCCACGCUGGCCACGCUGGCGCAGCACGUGCGCUACCGCCACCUGCCCGACCACUGCCGCACGCACGCCUGCCCGCACUGCACGCACAAGGCAAUAACAAAAUCCGAUCUCCGCAAGCACAUAGAAACACACACAAAGAAGAAACGCAAGAAAGAAGACGGCGACAUUUCCGACGAGGAACGAGGAAAGAAGAAGAGGAAGAAAUACGCGUGCCACAUGUGCGAGAAGGACGGCAAGGUGUUCUCGAGAGGGAGUCGAUUAACGGUUCAUCUUGUGAAGGUGCAUGGUGUGCAGUGGCCGUUCGGACAUAGCAGGUUUAGAUACCAAAUAAGUGAAGACGGUAUGUACCGCCUAACAACGACCCGUUACGAGAUCUUCGAGGUCUCCAAACAGAUCGUCGACGGUUACAGCGGCCCCAAAGACUCCCUCUCAAACACGUUCGAAUUCAAUCUAGAAGAGAAGGCUAAACCCACACCCACCACGCCGACUUGCUUCGAAAUCACGCUUAAGAACGAUGAUAUGAAAAAUGAAGUUAAAGGCGAUGAGAAUACGGUCGAAAUUACGAUGUGCGAUGUCGAUGAGGAUGGUAACAUUAUUUGCUCGGAGGUUAUUAAGUCGGAUGUGUUGUUGAGUGAUAUUAAAAUUGGAUAAUAUGGGCACUCCUUUCGGGCAUUCUCGGCUACAUUCGGCUCGGCAUUGCUCCGAGCAAUUAUUAGAGUUGACACGUCCCUUUGCGUCCACGAACACAGAUAAUGUACUUGAAUUUGGACAACCCGAAAGGGAUAGUGCCAUACAUUUGAAAGGGACAGCAUGAUUCGUCCUUGAAUCGCUGUCAAACUUUUUGUAGGAGCGUCAUUUCUGUACGGUAGUACUAUUAUUUAUUCUGUGCUAAUAUGUCAUCGUGAGAUGUGGUGCUGGCGCAGAAUGCUCAAUAUACCUUGGACUGAACGCCGCACAAACGAGUCUAUCUUAGAGGAGCUCAAUAUCACCACAAGGCUAUCCACUAUCUGUACC